CCCGAUACGUACAUUUAUAUAGUCAUGGACUUUAUGGGGAUUACGGAGAGGGAGAAAGGGAGGGAGAUAAAGAGGGAGAGGGAGAAAAAGGAGAGGAAGGGAGUGGGAGGGAGGGGCAUAGAGAGAGCGGAAAGGAGAGAGGGAGAGGAAGGGAGGGAAAGAGGGAGGGAGAAAGAGAGGGAGGGAGGGAGAGGGAGAAGGAGAAGGAGAGAGGGAGAGAUGAAGAGAGGGAGAGAGAAAGAGAGAGGGGAGAGGGGAAGAGGGAGAAGGAAAGGGAGGGAGAGAGAGGAGAGAGAGAGAGGAAGAAAAGCCAUGCGAGCGGAGGCUUAG